AUGGAUGAGCAGCUGCUCCGCGCCUUUAGUGAAGUGAGCCUGCACCCCCCGCGGCGCCGGUUCAGCGGCAGGCUGGUGCUGCUGCGGGGGCUGCCGGGAGCCGGGAAAAGCACCCUGGCCAGGCAGCUGAAACAUGACUGUCCGGGUGCUGUGGUUCUUAGUACUGACGACUUUUUCAUCGAAGAUGGCGUGUACAUGUUUGAGCCUGACUUGCUGGAGGAUGCACACAAAUGGAACCAGAAAAGAGCAUGCACAGCAAUGAAGAAGGGGAAAAGCCCAGUUAUUAUUGAUAACACCAACAUCCAUGCUUGGGAAAUGAAGCCCUAUGUGAUGAUGGCACGUGAAAAUAGGUAUGAAGUUGUAUUCCAAGAACCAGAUACACCCUGGAAGUUCAAUGUUCACGAACUGACAAGAAGAAACAUUCACGAUGUGCCACGCCAAAAGAUACAACAGAUGAAAAAAGAAUAUGAGCACAAUGUUACCUUCCACAGUGUUCUUCAGUCUGAAAAACCAAGCAGAGAUGAGAGAAGCUCCAGUGGACCAAGUGCAGCUUACAGCAUGAGUGGCCGUUCCAACCCCCCUCCAGUCUUCUCCAACAGAAGACAUCAUGGGGCACAUAUAAACAAGAUGACAUUUAACUAA